CUCCUCCAUCCUUAAUCCUCAACAAACUACUUUUCUCUUCUGCCCAUGCUGAGGUAACACGCAACCCAUACGGAAAUAAAGCAUGGGUUCGUUGGAUGCGCUGUUUGAGCUGGCAUUGGGCCUCACGCCAGCCCAAUGGUGCCAGACCUUCUUCCUCCUCGCCACAGGUAUCAUCGUCGCCAUCCAAGCCCUUCCCAGCCAUGUCCGCGGUGCUGUGAUGAACUAUGGCGCACGGCGGCCCCAGGACGCCGGGAAGAAGCCAGAGAAGCCCGCAGGGGCUCUCGGAGCCCUGUGGGGACUGGUGACCAUGUUGACGGAGUUUGGACAAGUUCCUCAUUCCUGGUUUCUUCACUUCUACAUCCUCUCGGCAUCUUUCUCCGCAUUCUGGGCAUGGCAGUACUUCCAGAGAGGCAGCUUGAUGAGGGAGAUAGCAAAGCUACAGGACAGGGCCGGGGGGCCAUCGAUGGAAUUGGGACAGGUGUACGCCGCGUGGCUGCUGAUGGCGCUGCAAGGCUCGAGACGGCUCUACGAGAGUCUGUAUGUGUCCAAGCCAGGAUCAUCCCCCAUGUGGGUCAUCCAUUGGGCCCUUGGACUUGUGUACUACACGACUAUGGCUGUGUCUGUCUGGGUUGAGGGCUCUAGCGCGAUUCUUGAAUCAUGGGAGUCGCCUCACCAGGGCCCGUUGUUGAUGCGAAAGCUGCCAUCCGGGCUGGCAUUGUAUUUCGUGGCUUGCAUGAAGCAGAACCAGUGUCACCGCUAUCUGGCAAGUCUGAAAAAGUACACCCUUCCCAACGAAGGGUGGUUUCGAUUCUUCAUUUGCCCGCACUACACCUGCGAGUGCCUCCUCUAUGUCGCCAUUGCCUGGGUUGCUGCACCCCCAGGCCAGCUAUUCAACACGACGGUCCUCUUAGGCCUUUUAUUCGUGGCUGUGAAUCUAGGAGCAACGGCGUUCGGGACUAAAAAGUGGUACGUGGAAAAGUUUGGUGCCGACAAGGUGGCCGGGAGGUGGGUGAUGAUACCCUUUAUAUUUUAAGCUCACUGAAGGGCUUGGCCCAUUCAACGCUUGAGAAACAUGCCAAGCUUGUUUGCGACCUUUGAGACACCCAGCACGUCUCGGUACGUCAGGCUUGUACGGGUCUGGCGGAUGUUGCGGCCAUCGGCAAACGCAUCGGCAUCCCGCAGCAGAGACCAGUUGGCAAUGCUGUCGGCAGAGAGCUCGGCGUCCUCCU